GCUGACGCACAGCGUCAGGCACAAGCGAGAAAAACAGAAAAACAUACAUUUCUAGGAUUAAAAUACGCGCGAAAUAAGUUAAAAAGUAUGAAUCUGCGGCCAAAGAUCACGUAGCAAGUGUUUUAAUCUCUGGGCAACCAGCAGCUAUAUGGAAAAAGUCCGUGUAACGUGCGAUACGCUCGGUCGAGGCGCCAAUUGGCCUAAUUAAAGGGGCGCUGGUGAAAUGAAGUGAGUUAUGCAUCAAAAACGAAUGUUUCAGUUGUCUGCAGCAAGGAUUAUGUGAAACCCGAAUCAUUUGAGUGCGAAAUAGUGGUGAAAUCGAUUAGAAUUGUAUAAAACCUUCGGCGUCAUUACCCGCGGAAGAAAGUUUGCUUUCGUUGAAAACUGCGGUUUUUCAUCGACAGUGUGUCAGAGUAGUGUGCGUGUUCGACAGACAGACAGGGAGUGGUGGUGUGUGUAGCAACUGCUGUAUUGACAGUGUGUUAGUGACGUACGAUUGGGAUUUUUUUUAAAUCGUUUACAAAGGUAUUUAACGAAAAGCUUAGUUUGGUACGUCCAAGAUUUUUAACGGUAACCGGCCGCUGGCAUCGGCUGUUGGAAAUGAAUAUUGAGUUUGUGGCGCUUAUUGAGGCACUGGCUGCCUUCAGUAUUUGCGAUAUACCAAAGUACUUCAAAACAUCAUGCUCAUAAAUCCAGGAUGUAGUUAACGCUGUUUUGAUUGUGAAAUGCCAUUUAAAUAGAACGAAAACAACGCACGGUAGCUGUUUGUAAUCUGCUGUAGUGGUUUAUUUACUUUCUCUCGGAAGACCAAUGUGGUCAAUGGAGAAGCAAUUUAGCUGCAUUCAUCGUCAUCGUUUAUUGCUGUGCAUUUGGAGAUUAGGGUAAACCCGUUCAGACAUUUAGUGCGAGUGGAUCGGAAAACAAUCAGGCAUCAUGUUUUACGCGCAUAUCGUGUUGGCCAAGAAGGGCCCCCUGGCCCGUAUCUGGUUGGCGGCACACUGGGAUAAAAAAAUUACGAAAGCGCACGUCUUUGAGACGAACAUCGAGCAGAGCGUGGAUGGCAUCAUGCAACCGAAGGUGAAGCUUGCCCUGCGUACCUCCGGCCAUUUGCUGCUCGGCGUGGUACGAAUUUACGCUCGGAAGGCAAAAUAUUUACUAGCGGAUUGUAAUGAGGCGUUCGUCAAGAUUAAGAUGGCGUUCCGGCCCGGCAUGGUCGAUCUGCCGGAAGAACACAGAGAGGCGGCUGUCAAUGCAAUCACCCUUCCGGAGGUAUUCCACGAUUUCGACACCCCACUCCCGGAGCUCAACGAUGUUGACAUCGAGGCGCACUUCUCCAUCAAUCAGUCCCGAGCGGACGAAAUCACGAUGCGAGAGGACUAUGGGACGCUUCCGCUGAACAUACACGACGAUGGAUUCGGGGACAUGGGCUUCGACGACACGCCGGAUAUGGUUCGCGACCGAAUGGAUGAUCAGAUGGAGGAUGAUUUAUUUACCGACACCGUAACACGGCCACCCGAUUUGGAGCAUGAUAAGGAACCGAUGCCGGGCACGUCACGUUCGCUGCUAGACUCUAUUGACCCCCAUCAUCCCCACGGAGAUGACGAUAACUUCGGUGACGAAGACUUUGGUGGGCAACCUGCCGCCGGGUUAUUUGAGGGUGAUAUUUUCGCAGAUGCUCCGCUAGCACCGGAACCGGAACUUCCCUCAACAGUCACGCAGCGCCAGGGGGAAGAGUCGGAUGACGAUGAUGAUGAUCACUUCGAUAUGGGUGGUGCACCAUCGCCUGCGCCGAGCUCAGACAACUCUCGGCCACCUUCGCCAACCAUGCACCAUAACACAUUGCAAGACGGUGAGCCACAGCCGGGGACGAGUAAGGAUUCGGCCGGGCCUGAAUCGGGACGUGCGUUGGCGCACGAGGGAGAUGACGGUGUGGGUGGUAUAGGGCAUGACGACGGACUACCGGACCAGACAACACUGCUAAACAACGAGGAGGAAAGCUUUGCCCUAGCGCCGGUUGACGCGACGGCGCUGAAGGGUGCGACCAAAUCGAAACGAAAACGAAAACUGAUCGUGGACGAGGUGAAGAACAUAUCCGGCGAAGAGAUGAAAAGUCAGCUGGCCAACACGUCCGACAUCGUGACGACGCUGGAUCUGGCUCCCCCGACCAAGCGGCUAAUGUACUGGAAGGAAACCGGUGGCGUGGAGAAACUGUUUGCCCUUCCUUCGCGGGACAUUCCGGCGCGCUGUCUGUUUAAAAAUUAUCAACGUCACCUCACGUCCCGGUCGAUCGGCAUCGAGGACUUUUCCGUUUUAGCUCCGUUCGAUGUGCUCGGUGUUGAACUGGCCGUCGAACGGCCGGAAUCGCCCCCGUUGGCCGCUGCUAAACGCGGCAAGAAGCGAAAGCAGCCACUCGAACAACAACCGGCGACACCGGCCACACCAGCUGGCUAUCUGGAGCAGUCGACGUCCGAUCAGAUGCGUACAGUGGCCGGCGAAAUGCCGCCACCGACUCCGGUGUCGAUCGAGAUGCGUGACGACGGGCUGGCGGCCGAUGCAACGCAAUCAUCCUCCUCGUUCAUGCCACCGCCUCCCACACCGGGCCUAAGCCAUUUGGCGAGUCCGAGUCACCAGAUGCCACCGACGCCCGGUAUGCCGAACAUUCCGAUGACUCCCGGUCAGCUCGACCAUGGUGGAUUAACGCCGGCAGGACUGUCACACGGUGGCGGUGGGUUAACCCCGGUCGGACUUACGCACGGUGGGCUUACGCCAAGCGAUCUACAUCACGGUGGACUAACGCCGGCCGGCUUGCACCAUGGCGAUUUGGGUGGCGGCAUGACACCGCAUGGCCUGGAUCAUGGUGGAAUGACGCCGCACCAUGCGUCGCUGGAAAAUAUCGACCAGAUUCCGAACCUGCCGGCCGAUCAAGUUUCCUCCAUCCUUAACGAACCCGGUAUGGAAGGGUUCUCCAACAUGGGCUUCGAUGGCAACACGUCCGAGGAGAUAGCUAACGAUUGGAACGGAGACUAUGAAUUCCCCCCGUCGGUUGGAGCGGCGCAUCCAAACGAGGAACAGCAGGUUGACGAAACAAUUGAACAGUUCGAGGAACGAGUGUUAAACAAACGAGCCGCACAAAUGUUCCUUUCGGUGAGAGCACGGCUAAUCAAAGCGGACCACAUGAUGCUGUCUGAGAUGACGCAUCGGAACAACAAGAAACAGGCCGCACAAAAGUUCUACUCGCUGCUUGUGCUGAAGAAGUUUAAGGCGCUCGAAAUCUCCCAGAAGCAACCGUACGAUGACAUCACCGUUACACGAGGUCCAAUGUUUGAGAAUCCUAAGCUGUAAGGUUCGAAGGAUCCGGCGAUGCGAUAUUAUCGGAUUGGACGAUAACGAUUUGGGUGUACAGUUAUUAACUAUUUAGCAUGGAUUCCAAGUGAACGAAGCAUUGUAGUGGCGGUUAGCAUUUAUAUACACACAUAUUUACAUCACUCAAUCGAACCGUUGCAGCAGUACAGCUUUAGGCCCGAUAACAUGGCUAGCGCAGGUUUCGUGUCGCGUCCGUUGUGAGAAGAUCUUACACGGGAAUCGCUCGGUGUUUAAUCGACCCUAGGCGAUUGUACGCAUUGUAACUAGCAGUUUUAGAGAAGUAGUUGACCAUUGUUAGAACUGUUUUAACUUAGCUACGUUUUACGUGUUAGUUUAAGGUCGAUCGUGAGCAAUUUGUUUUUAAUAUUUUAUUUCGUAUACGACCCAUAAUGGAGAGAAUCCUUACUUUGUCGCCCGUAGGUUUUUGGUAGACGCACGCAUCAAACUCAAAAUAUCUGUAUUUCGUGUAUGUCGUAAAGUUUUUAUGUUUGUAGUUAGCUCAAGCAGGCAGGAGCUGGUUUUAUUUCUAGCAAGAUUCCUUCUACUCUCAACAGCAGUGCGAAAUCUACCGAUUAACUUAACUUAUGGUUUUAAUUGUAAAUUGUGUGUAGUCUAAUUUAUAUUUUAUGUACAAUGACUUUUAAUAGAUGAUUUAAUUUUGGAACACUUA